GGGCGUGCGCGUGCUUUGCAAACCAGAGGACGACCGACUUCCACCAGUGGCGCGUUCGGCUCCUUCAUCUCAGAGAAGGAAGAAGAAGGAAGAUUCAUCCCCGCCGUCGUCGCGUUUACUCGACGAUUUAGUUAACGAGAAGAAAAAACUAAACAAUUAUCCGCCAUGAAGUUUCUCUGGGCUGUCAGCGCCCUGCUGUUGGGCUGUUGGCGAGCCAACGCGUCCACAGCCCUAACAAUCAUUGCUGAUCCUAUUGAGGUCAGCAACCAGACCUCCGCAGUCCUCAGCUGUAACCUGACAGAGUCCUCCCUCCUCAUCAAGGGCUCCCACUGGAUGCAUAAUGACAAGCUCAUUGAAUCUUCCGCGUCCGCCGAUGCCACCCCAUACACGACCCUCCGUUUGAACAAGAUCACCUACAGUUCCGGCGGAAAGUAUGAAUGUGUGUUCCUCACCGAACCAGAGAUGAAGAAGACGAUUGAAGUCAAAACACUUCCCCAUGUUGCCGCCCACAAGCACUCUGAGCACGGCAAUGAGAACGACAAAGGGGUGUUGGUCUGCGUGAGCCACGGCUACCCACUGCCCACCGACUGGACCUGGUUCAAAGAGGAAGAAGGCGUCCUAAUACCUAUCUUCAACGGCACUACCGACAAAUACGAGAUCAAGAGCACCCCUAACAAGACCACGCUGACCAUUGAUGACCUGAGCAUCGAAAACGACAUCGGCGACUACGUCUGCUCCGGAACCAACGAGCUCGGCACAAACACCGACAAGAUCCACCUGCGCGUCCGCAGUCGGUUGGCCGCCCUCUGGCCCUUCCUCGGCAUCGUGGCCGAGGUCAUCAUCCUGGUGACCAUCAUCUUCAUCUACGAGAAGAGGAGAAAGCCCGAUGAGAUCACCGACGACGACGACUCAGGCGCUGCUCCUCUGAAGAGCAAUUCUACUGAAAAUAACAAAGACAAGACUGUGAGGCAAAGGAAUUCCAAUUAAAAAGGUAAAAGAUGGGACGUCCAGACGGCAGUCCAGCUGUUGUGUGGCACAUUGUUCCGUGCACCCUGCAACUUUUUAAAAGUACCCUUUUUUGUGUUUGGGUGUUUAUAAAUAAAAUGUCGGAUUUCUCGUUUUUUAGUUUUCUUCUAGAUCCUUCUCCAUAUUGUGCAGCCACAGAACAUAGUGUGAAGUAAUUUCAGCUUGAGGCCCCCGGGGCAAAUAUUGCAUGAGUUUAAAAAGCCGUUAUAGGAAAGUGUGUGUUUGUUCUAAAAUCAUAAACGGUUCAUGUGAGAAACGCCUCUUUGUGGUUAUUUUUACGUUUAUGUUUUCCCCCACGAUGACCUCAUCGUUGUCCCGUCGUUGCUUUUUUAUGUUCUCCGAUCUGGAAAAAGGUGACUCGUGAAGCGAGUCGUGUUCAGAGGAUCUGAAACGUUUUCAAUCACCAUAAACUUCACUGCCAUUCUCAUAACGCCAUUGCAAAUUCUCCCCUUUCCAUAGUUUUAUACUUUGCCAAAUCACGAGUGUAAUGCAGAAAUGUUGUUGCCGUGAGAAAUUACAGUUUUCUUUUUUUAGUUGGAAAACUUUUUUCCCUUUUUUUUUUUUUUUUUUUUAAAUCACAUUUUAAACAUCUAAAGUUUUAGUCAACAAGGUUUAUUUUGUUUGUUUUGUUGCCAAUGUCACAUCCAGAAUAAAAAUCUAUUAUUAUGGACCAAGAGCUGUCUGUUAAUGCAACUUGUUACUACGCACUGUUUAAAUUUUACUGCAGCAGAUCAACAUUUCAUAAGAUGAUGUUGUUUUGUUCUCUCUCUCACUGGGAUCUGAGAUGAGACGUUCUGUGUGCGAUUGUUGGACCAUCGUCUCUCUGUGUCGCUGAUUCAGAAGCCAUGUGUUCCAUUUGACCUGAUUAGUGUUGUGAUUGGAUGUUACCAUUGCAGAGUUACACAGGUUAAAGAAGAAAAAAAAAAAAGACCUCGCCAGAAUUGUGUACGUUGUUGUACCGUUGAACACCGUCUGUUGUACAACUUGCACAAACUGAAUAAAGGUAUUUGAUUUUA